AUGGCAAAGAAGAAGAAGACGAUGACGAAGAAGAAAGUAAUACAGGUGUUGGUGAAUACUAUCCUAAGCCAAAAUGGGGAGACCCAUAUCAACAUUGUUGUCAAUGGACACAUAGAUUCAGGCAAGUCCACCACUAGUGGCCACCUGAUUUACCAAUGUGGUGGGAUCUACAAGAGAACCACUGAGAAAUUUGAGAAGGAAGCUGUGGAGAUGGGAAAGGGCUCCUUCAAAUACACCUUAAAGAAACAGACAGUGAAACGUGAGUGUGGCAUCACCACUGAAAUCUCCCUGUGGAAAUUUGAGACCAGCAGGUACUAUAUGACCAUCAUUGAUGCCCUAGGACAUAGAGACUUUAUAAAAAACGUGUUUGCAGGAACAUCACAGGCUGACUGCACCGUUCUGAUCGCUGCUGCUUGGGUUGGAGAAUUUGAGGCUGGUAUCUCAGAGAAAGAGAAGACUCUUAGCAUGCCCUUCUGGCUUGUACACAGGGUAAGAGAGUACAAGGAAAUUGUUAAGGAAGUUAGCACCUGUUGUUCCACAGUUGGUUAUGAUCCACACAAUUGCUCUAUAGUUUCCACACUCUGUUGGGUAGACUUUGCCUUGGUUAAAAAAAAAACAAACCAGCCUUUGUUCAAGGGAUGGAAAGUCACCCGGAAGGAUGGCGGUGCCUGUGGAACUCCACUGCUUGAAGCUUUGUGUAUCCUGCCACCAACUCAUCCAACUGAUAAGCCCCUGCGUCUGCCUCUCCAGGAUGUCUACAGGAUUUGUGUUGGUACUGUCCCUGUGAGCAGAGCGGAGACUGCUGUUCUCAAGUCUGGCAUGGUGGUCACAUUUGCCCCAGUCAGUGUUGCCACUGAAGUAAAGUUUGUUGAAAUGCGCCCUGAGGCUUUGAGUGAAGCUUUGCCCUGUAACAAUGUUUGCUGCAAAGUUAAGAAGUCGCUGAAAGAUGUUCAAUGUGGCGACCUGGCUGGUGACAGCAAAAACGACCCACCCAUGGAAGCAGGUGUCACUGCUCAGGUGAUCAUCGUCAACCGUCCUGGCGAAGGCAGUGCUGGUUAUGCACCUGUGCUGCAUUGUCAUGCAGCUCACAUUCCUUGCAAGUUUGCUGAGCCCAAAGAGAAGACUGAUCACUGUUCUGGUAAGAAGCUGAAAGAUGGCCCCAAAUUCCUGAAGUCUGGUGAUGUUGCCAUUGUUGAUAUGGUUCCUUACAAGCCCAGGUGUGUGGAGAGCUUCUCUGACUACCCUCCUCUGGGUCGUUUUGCUGUUGUGAGACAGACUAUUGCUGUGGGUGUCAUCAAAGCAGUGGACAAGAAGGCUGCUGGAGCUGGCAAGGUCACCAAGUCUGCUCAGAAAGCUCAAUGA